AUGUCAUUUGUUAAGUCUGUUGAUGCUUCUGAUAUGAUAAAAACUGCCGAUACCUUGUUUAAAUUGUUUGCUGAGGUUAUUGAGUGGGUUGGGUCUAGUAACAUUGUGCAUGUGGUUACUGAUAAUGUUGUAAAUUAUGUAUCUGCUGGAAAACUCAUUCAUGAAAAGUAUCCAAACAUUUUUUGGUCUCCUUGUGCUGCUCAUUGCAUCAAUCUUAUCUUGAAAGACAUAGCAAGUCUUCCUCAUAUAGCUGACCUUGCCUCUCGUGCUUCAAAAUUAUUGAGGCUUGUUGAUGUUGAUGAGAAACCUUCUCUAGGUAUCGUGUAUGCGGGCAUGCAAAGAGCCAAAAUUAAUAUCAAGACAAUGUUUAGAAAUAGGAAAUCUGCAUACACACCUUAUACAAGCAAAUAUCUUGAGGUCUUUGUUGAUUUAUUUGAUAUUGAAACUCUUUGCGAUGACUCGGUUGCCGCAAUGCAAGAGAUUCAGUUGUAUAGAGAUCGAAAAGAAAGUUUUGGAAGGGAAAGUGCAUUGAAAGCAAUUAAGAGACUUGAACCUGGUGAAUGGUGGAGGCUACAUGGUGGGAGUGCUCCUAACUUGCAAAAAAUGGCAAUUCGUCUUCUUCAUCAAACAUCUUCAUCAUCCGGCUGCGAGAGGAACUGGAGCCUCUUUGAAUAA